AUGGCCAAACAGCAGGAGCAAGAAAGCGUCGGCCACGAUCAGCUGAUUGUUGGCGAGGAUGAUCGCAGUGACAUCCAGGCUAAGGACGAUGCGGCUUUGCUGCGCACUAUGGGCUAUAAGCCGGUACUUCAUCGGACUUAUACAUUGUUCGAGAACUUCGCCACCACCUUCGCCGCGCUCUACUUUGUGGGUGGUGUCCGCGUCACCUUCAGCACUGGAAUCGCUGCCGGUGGUAAUUUGGCUUACUGGACCAGUUACCUGGUCACCAUGGUCUUUACCUUCAUCACCGCCGCGGUGAUUGCCGAAGUCUGCUCUGCUUCCCCUUCAUCGGGUUCAAUUUAUCUCUGGGCCGCUGAGGCUGGCGGUCCCCGUUUCGGUCGCUUGAUGGGUUUCAUCGUGGCGUGGUGGAGUACCACCGCGUGGACAACAUUCUGUGCCAGCAAUACCCAGUCGGCGGUGAAUUAUAUGCUUGCUGAGUUGACCGUCUUUAACGUCGACUUCCCCAAGGAUACUAGCAGUGUCAAGUUCCGCGCUGUCCAGUGGAUUUGUACCGAGGUCAUGCUCGCUCUGGCCGCUCUGCUGAACUUCAUGCCCCCUCGCUACUUCAAGUGGGUAUUUUGGAUCUCCGCGGCUUUCGUCAUGCUUGAUUUCUUCUUGAACCUCAUCUGGCUUCCCAUUGGCACUGCCCAGACUUGGGGCUUCCGUUCUACCCACGAGGCCUUCAUGACAACCUACAACGGCACCGGUGCCCCGGCCGGUUGGAACUGGUGUCUUUCUUACUUGGCCACUGCUGGUAUCCUGAUCGGUUUCGAUGCCUCGGGUCACAUUGCCGAGGAGACCAAGAACGCUUCCGUGACUGCAGCUCGUGGGAUUUUCUGGAGCACCGUUGCCAGUGGCUUCGGUGGUCUGGCUACUAUCAUUCUCUUCCUGUUCUGCGCUCCGACCGCAGACCAGCUCAUGGAGUUCGGUUCCCCUCAGCCUUUUGUUCCGCUCUACGCCGUCGUGCUUGGUAAGGGUGGACAUAUCUUCAUGAACAUCGUAUGUAUUGUGGCCCUAUGGUUCAACACUGCUAUUGCUAUCAUCGCCGCCUCGCGUCUUGUCUUCGCAGUUGCCCGUGACGGUGUGCUGCCCUUCUCUGGCUGGGUGUCCAAGGUGCACAAUGGCCAGCCCCGUAACGCCGUCAUUGUGGUUUGGGGUGUCGCUGCUCUUAUCACAUGCACCAUUCUUCCCUCCAACGUUGCUUUCACUUCUUUAGUCUCUGCAGCCGGUGUUCCCAGUGCAGCCGCCUAUGGCCUGAUCUGUCUGGGCCGACUAUUCUGCACGCCCGACCGCUUCCCCAAGCCGCAGUGGAGUCUGGGCCGCUGGAGCAAGCCAUUUCAGUUCAUUGGUGUGUUCUGGAAUGGCUGGGUUGUUGCUGUUCUGUUCUCGCCCUACGAGUGGCCUGUGACUGGCGCAAACUUGAAUUACGCACCGAUUAUCAUGGCCGGCGUCACUAUUUUUGCCUUGGUUUCCUACGUCCUCAUGCCAGAGAGCGCGUGGCUUCCUAACGAGCGCAUUACACAUUUCAUCGAUAGCAAGGGGGCCGUCGAGACAGUGGAAGAGGUCGACUCUCCGGCUCAGGCCGAGGCGAGUGACAGCCGAUGA